AUGGGCAAUAGAAUAAAAGUGCCAAAUGAUGACGCACAUUUAGAUUUACUUUAUGAGCACGAGUCAAGUGCUAAUCGUGCUAUUAGUGAUAAUGACAUCGAAUUGCAAAGCAUGGGUGGUUCCCAUCACGAUGUUGAUGAUAGAGAUCGAGAUGAUGACGAACAUGAUGAAGGAGAAAGGAAUGAGGAGUGGACAUUAUUACAAAGAUCUAAUAAAAUGAUGAGAUCAGUUAGAAAGAUAUGGGAUGGACCAGAUGAACCAUAUGAUGAACCACCAGAGUUUUUGGAAAAGUACCCUGUUGUAAAGAUCUUUAAUGAAUUUCCGGAACGUGCAUUUCAAAAAAAAGUAGGAACUGGUGUUCUAGCAAUAACUAUUUUGAUUAUAUACUGCGCUAUCUGGCUUGCAACUAACUUUUUUUUCUUAUAUCCACAUUUUGUGUUCCAGCCAUACUUUGUUCCUGAUGACAUAAAUGCUGAUAAGAUUCCAAUAAUAUCAUUAGAUUGUAAUUCGUAUUUAAAUUGGGAAGGUACCAACAAUGCAUGUGGACCAUUUGGUGAAAAUUGUAAACCAUUUGAAGAUAAGGAAUACUAUAUUAAAUGUCCGGCUUUAUGUGAUAUGGGUGGUAUAGCUUAUUCCGCGGUUGCCGUUGGAUCGAAAAGAGUUAAAUAUACCAAUUAUAUCAUUGGUGGUGGAGAAGCACCAAAUUUGGGCGAACGAUCUGAUGAGCUAUACUCCAAACCAUUCAGAGCUGACUCAUAUCCUUGCGCCUCUGCUGCGCAUCUGGGUUUGUUAUCACCCUUAUCCGGUGGUUGUGCAAGAAUUUCCAUGACAGGGUCGCAGACAUCCUUCCCAAGUGCGGAAGGUAACUCUAAAAUGGGUUGGUCAAUAAAUUUUGGAUCAUUCUUCCCGUCAUCUUUUAGUUUCAAGGCACCAGCUAGUGGUUAUUUCAUUAGUUGCUUGGAUCCUCGGUUCCCGAUUUUGUCGUUGAAUAUCCUAUAUGGCAUACCUGUGUUUUACCUAUAUGAAAGUAUUUAUGGAUACUGGACGACGAUGUUUGCUGCUUAUUGGACGUUAGUUCUUGUAUUAGACCCACCAAUUAUGAUAGAUACUUUAAACAUGGAAACUGUUUACUCCUUAUUCAGCGUUGGGUUUCAACGGUUAUUGCCAUUAUGUUUCAUCCUAUAUGUUAUGUGGAAAAUUGCAGUCAAGAGAACAAUGGAAGGAGGAUCUCCUGUGUUGAAACUAGCACUAUGGUAUCCACUAUUCUGGUUAGGGGUUAUGAAUAAUGUUACAUUCGAUAGACUUCCUGUCGAUAGACUCAAUCUAAGUGAUCUAAAGGAACAACAAGGUGCAUUAGCGGCUGUUGGGACCAUUAUAACUACAAUUAUAGUAUGUGCUAUUGUUCAAGCAUAUAUGUUAUGGAGAUCUGGACGAUUUAGAAAAUAUUUUAAGAUUUACAUCAGUUUUAUUGCAGGUAUUAGUAUAUUGGGGUCAUUACCUGGAUUAAACCUUAGAAUCCACCAUUAUAUCUUGGGUAUGGUCUUAGUUCCUGGAUGUGCUACAAGAAGUUUAACUGCUUAUUUAUUUCAAGGAAUAUUGAUAGGGUUGAUAAUUUCGGGUGUUGGCAGAUGGGAUUUUGCUAGCAUUGUGGAGACAAACUAUGCAUUGCUAAGAGAUGAGGCAGGUGCAUUGUUAAAACCUCCUUUAUUUACAUUUGAUCAUUUAAAUAACCAUAAGAUAUCUUGGCAUAUACCCGCCAUUAACCAAUCCACUAUAUUAAAUGUAGAUGCAGGGAAUGGGGUAGACUGGCAUGGGAAAAUCGAUGGUUAUUCAUUACUUUUAAAUGAUUUAGAGGUAUAUGUCGGUAAGAAUGAAACUAUUGACUUAGAUUUGAUAAUAAGUGAAAACCAGAUGCUAAAAGAUAUGGUAGAUAAAUCUCUAGAUGAAUUAGAUGGUUCUGUAGAGAUGUAUCUGAGAGUAGCUAGAGCAUCUGUUAAAGCACCAGAAGAAUAUCGAGGCGACUAUACAAAUGCAGGCAUAUUAGUAUGGCCAGAAGGUAUAUGGUAUGAUCCAUUACCUGGUGUAUCAUGA